CAUAACCGAUCAUGACGGUUUGGUUGAUGACAUGAACGAUAGGUUGCCUUGGUUCGAUUGAUAGAAAGCGAAGCGGAUAUACCAAUUUCGCUCGAUGGAAUUGCUCUGCUUGUAAAGACCAAGGGAAUGCGCGUCUUGGACAUGGCCGGCAGGAUGCCAAAUACUUGGGAUAGGUGCCAUAUUCUUGAUGAGUUGUCCCGGCUCGAUGAUUUGUCUUCGUGAUAAUAGCAUUCUUUUAAAAACUCUUUUCGCCGAUUUGAUAUAGCAGCAGAAGCAGAAGCAGCAGCGACCCACUCGAAAUGAACGUCUUUGACUUUUUUGAAAGCCGCUCGAGAAAGAUAGGUUUCGAUCAUUUGAAGAUCAAGCGCGUGCUUUCAGGAAACACCCGGUUUCGUCUCCAAUACCAGGAUCAAGCCAAAGACGGGAUUCUCCACUCCUCCAAGCGGAAACAUUCCCUUGCCAGGGGAAAACGUUCCAAGCCGCCAAAGCCCACAGUAGUAACCAUCACUGGCACCACCCGCCAACGGAAGACACCCCAGCUUCAGGAAUCCCCAAAGCAAAGGCAAGGAAUGAACGGGGACUUACAUGGCACACUGAACUACAACCGGUGGGAGAUCCAGAUUUUGAAGAGCAAUGGGGAUAGCGAGGACGGUACAGCCGGUGGUGGGGAGGGGAACACCGCUCUGGUUGCAAGGGUAUUGCAGGAACACCAUCCACAUGAGCUGGAACUGACUGAAAAGACAACCUUGAGAAGGAAUGAUUUAAUCCCUAGUAAUGGAUGCUUCUUCGCCUUCUUCACACCACAUCCGAGUUGAAUGCGAUAUGAAGAAGGGAAGAGUGAAUGGAAAAAGGAUUAUCAGUUAGUAAGUCUCUUCUUAUUGAGAUGUUCGUCUUUCAUUGAGUAUUAAAAAAAAUAUAGUACUUCCCGUAAUCAUACAAGCCCGACGCCUUGGGUUGUCUUUU